AUAUUAAAGGGAGCGCAGCUCUGCUACAGUCCACACAGGAGGAUACAAGCAGCAGGGACAUAAGGACACCUACCUAUCCUGCAUUAUGACAACCAAUGGAACCAUAGAGAAUGGACUGUCCGACAAGAAGAUCCCUGUCCUUCCUCGACCCAUCCCCAACCUGGAGAUCCUGCACACUCAGAUAUUUCUUAACAAUGAGUGGCAUCAAUCAGUGAGCGGAAAAACCUUCCCUGUGUAUAACCCAGCUUCCGGCAAGAAGAUCUGCGAUGUGCAGGAGGCAGACAAGGCAGAUGUGGACAAAGCAGUUGAAGCAGCAAAAACAGCGUUUCAUAAGGGGUCCCCAUGGAGGAGACUGGAUGCCAGUGGCAGGGGGAAGCUUCUUCACAAGCUGGCGGACCUUUUGGAGCGAGACAGAGUUAUUCUGGCUACUUUAGAAACAAUGGACACUGGAAAACCAUUCCUUCAUGCCUUCCUCAUAGACCUUGAGGGUUGUAUCCGGACCCUACGCUACUUUGCUGGAUGGGCUGACAAAAUACAGGGAAGGACAAUCCCGGUGGAUGAAAGCUACCUCUGCUUUACCGUCCAUGAGCCUAUUGGUGUUUGUGGAGCCAUCACACCGUGGAACUUUCCCCUGCUGAUGCUGAUUUGGAAGAUGGCCCCAGCUCUGUGCUGCGGAAACACUUUGGUGGCCAAGCCAGCGGAACAGACGCCACUCACAUCCCUCUUUGUGGGGUCGUUAAUUAAAGAGGCUGGGUUUCCUCCUGGUGUAGUUAAUAUUGUGCCCGGUUAUGGCCCCACGGCUGGGUCUGCCAUAUCUCACCACCCUGACAUUGACAAAGUUGCCUUCACUGGCUCUACAGAAGUUGGAAAACUGAUCAAAGGAGCAGCGUCUGCAAGUAAUCUAAAGCGCGUCACUCUGGAACUCGGGGGGAAAAACCCCUGCAUUGUCUUUGCUGAUGCUGAUUUGGAACUGGCUGUAGAAUGUGCUCAUCAAGGUGCCUUCUUUAAUCAAGGCCAGUGUUGCACAGCAGCCUCCCGAGUCUUUGUAGAGGAAUCCGUGUAUCCAGAAUUUGUCAGGAGGAGUGUGGAUUAUGCAAAGAGACGGCUUCUUGGGGAUCCUCUUGACCCUAAAACGGAACAGGGUCCACAGGUUGAUGAAGAGCAGUUCAACAAGGUGUUGGAAUAUAUACAGAGUGGAAAGGAUCAAGGUGCAAAAUUAGAGUGUGGCGGCUCUGCGGUUGGAGAACGAGGAUUUUUUAUUAAGCCCACUGUGUUCUCUGAAGUUACCGAUGACAUGAGGAUAGCAAAAGAAGAGAUUUUUGGACCUGUUCUAUCCAUUCUGAAAUUCAAGAGCAUAGAGGAAGUGAUAAAGAGAGCAAACAGCACAGACUAUGGACUGACCGCUGCAGUGUUCACAGAAAGCCUGGACAAGGCGCUCAGCAUCUCCUCCGCCCUGCAGUCUGGAACAGUAUGGAUUAAUUGUUACAAUGCUCUUCAUGCACAGACCCCAUUUGGAGGCUUCAAGAUGUCAGGAAACGGCAGAGAACUUGGUGAAUAUGCACUGGCGGAGUACACAGAAGUUAAAACUGUGACAAUCAAAUUAUCACCGAAGUCACUGUGAAGAAAGCAGGUUAAAAGUGAUGUUGAGAUGGUACAUUAUUCUGCUGCAGAAGGA